AUGAGGAUAUUCAGGCUUCAGAAGAGGCUCACCACGAGUGCCCUCCACGGUAGCAAGAAGGUCUGGCUUGACCCCAGUGAGACCAGCGAAAUCAUCAACGCCAACUCCCAUCAGCAGAUCCGGAAGCUGAUCAAAGUUGGGCUGAUCAUCCACAAGCCUGUGACUGUCCAUUCUCGGGCUGGAUGCCAGAAAAGUACCUUAGCCCGCCAGAAGGGCAGGCACACAGGCACAGGUUAGCUCAAGGGUACAGCCAAUGCCCAAAUGCCAGAGAAGAUCACUUGGAUGAGGAGAAUGAGGAUUCUGCACCAGUUGCUUGGAAGAUAUCGUGAAUCGAAGAAGAUUGAUCACCACAUGUAUUACAGCCUGUACCUGAAGGUGCAGGGGAAUGUGUUCACAAACAAGCAGAUUCUCACGGAACACAAUCACAAGCUGAAGGCAGGCAAGGCCCACAAGAAGCUCCUGGCUGACCAGGCUGAGGCCCGCAGCUUUAAGACCAAGGAAGCACGCAAGCUCGGUGAAGAGUGCCUCCAGGCCAAGAAGAAGGAGAUCAUCAAGACUUUGUCCAAGGAGGAAGAGACCAAGAAAAAAAACUUCCCCUUUCCUUGUAUCUUCACCACAAGCCAGAGCUCAGUGGCUCCCGGGCAUUAUAACAACACGGACCCGCUAGUCAAUGACUCUCAGGUUAGCAGUUGUCGAAGCAUGAUUUUGAAGCCAGAUCUUAGAGUGUCUUUGUUGUCAGGUUAUCAGUGCUUUGUUGGCUGCAUUUCCCCUGCCUCAUACCUGAGCUUUUUCCUGCUGAGCUUCAUGCACAAGGACCUUCCAUUUGAUCUUCAUGGUUCUUCCCGGUAA